AUGUUCUUCAAACACACACUUGCCGCAUUGAGUGCGGUAGCGACUACAUUCGCUGCACCUCACAUGAAGCGUGGCAGUGGCUUCAACUGGGGCAACGAGGUCAUGCGUGGAGUAAAUCUCGGUGGAUGGCUGGCCUACCCCAUGUCGCAAGGCAUCAUUGAUGAAUACACCCUUGGCGAGAAGCUCGGCCAAGAUGCUGCGUACAACGUCUUGAAGCCUCACUGGGACUCCUGGGUGCAACUUGCCGAUCUCCAGAAGAUCGCGGAUUCCGGGUUCAACGUGGUUCGUAUUCCAAUUGGUUACUGGGCAUAUGACAAUGCCAACAGCCCAUACGUUUCCGGAGCAGCUCCAUACAUGGAUCAAGCUAUUGAGUGGGCAAGACAGACUGGACUGAAGGUCAUUGUUGAUUUGCACGGUGCUCCUGGCUCUCAGAACGGCUUCGACAACUCUGGCCAACGUACCAACAACAUCGACUUCCAGCAAGGAGACAACGUCCAGCGCACUCUGGCUGUCCUCCAGACUAUCCAGAACAAGUACGCCGACUCCUCCUACGAUGACGUUGUCGCUGGUAUCGAGCUCCUCAACGAGCCUCUGUCCUCAGUCUUGAACUUGGACGACCUCAAGCAGUUUGAGCGCAAUGGCUUUGGUCAGCAGCGCACCGUCUCCAAGUCUCGCGUAGUCGUCAUCCAGGACGGAUUCCAGCCUCCUAACUCUUACAACGGCUGGUUGACUCCCUCAGACAACAAUGCUCAGAACGUCGCUCUCGACCACCAUGAAUACCAAGUCUUCACCGACGAACUUGUCGCUAUGCAGCCCUGGGAGCACCGUCAAUAUGUCUGUAACAACGUCAAGCAAUACUCAGGUGCUGACAAGUGGACUUUCGUUGGCGAGUGGUCGGCAGCCAUGACUGAUUGCGCUGCUGCUCUCAACGGCUACGGCAUCGGUGCACGCUACGACGGUACAUACCCCGGCAGCAGCUACGUCGGUUCUUGUGGCAGCAUCAACUACAUCGAUCAGUGGUCUCAGACCUUGAAGGACGACACCCGCGGAUACAUCGAGGCCCAGAUGGAAGCAUUCGAGGCCAACACCAUCGGCUGGAUCUUCUGGAACUUCAAGACCGAGGCGUCGCCCGAGUGGGAUGCCUUCCGUCUGAUCGACGCUGGCGUCUUCCCUCAACCCCUGACCAGCAGAAAAUUCAGCCAGAUCUGUUCUUCUUGA